GCCUCCGUCCACUCAGAGCUGCGUCCCGAAGGGCCCCCGGCGGGAAGGGAAGACCAACGGGCCACAAGAAGAAACCAGCGACUCUCUGUUAUUACCAUAAAAUACCAUUCUAAAACAAUGGGUGACUGAGAAAUUAGAAAUAUUGGCUGAAUUAAUCAGAGGAUCAUCGCUGUAAUCCGCAGUGCUGUUUUAUUUUUUUGGCUACUGAGGAAACUUUCUGACCGGAUUUUCCUUUUUUCUAAGGAUUGUAUUUCUUUUUCUAUAUAUAAAAUAAGACUUUUAAAAUUCAGUUUAGAUAUUUUUUUGUUCUCUGAAGAUUUGAGUUGGGGAUGUUGAGCUCUGUGAAGAUGGAAGCGCACGAUUUACCAGAAUGGAAUACCUUUUACAGCGAGGCCAGCGAGAUGUAUUCCUCUCCCAGCACCAUGAACUCUGGUCUGGGCUCCAUGAGCUCCAUGGGCUCCAUUAACAGCUACAUCAAUCUGAACCCGGCUACAGGCUCGCCAGCAGGCAUGAACAUGGCAUAUCCCAGCCCCAGCCUCAGCAGCUCUUCUCUGGCUACAAUGGGCACUGGGCCCAGUCACAUGUCUCUAUCCCCAGUGGCGUCUUCUCUCAGCUCAAGCACCCUCACCCAACUGGGCUCCACUGCUCCAACCUCUCUGGGCUCUUUGUCGCACUACCAGAACAUGAGCCAGUCCAUGAGUCAGUUGGGGUACACCUCCGCUGGCUCCCUGAGCAGAGCCGGCCCGAAGGAGAUCCCCCCUAAGCCGUACCGGCGCUCCCUGACCCACGCCAAGCCGCCGUACUCCUACAUCUCGCUCAUCACCAUGGCCAUCCAGCAGAGCAGCAGCAAGAUGCUGACCCUGAACGAGAUCUACCAGUGGAUCAUGGAUCUGUUCCCUUACUACCGUGAGAACCAGCAGCGCUGGCAAAACUCAAUCCGCCACUCGCUCUCCUUUAAUGACUGCUUUGUAAAAGUGGCUCGGUCACCGGACAAACCGGGCAAAGGCUCCUACUGGACUCUGCACCCGCAGUCGGGCAACAUGUUUGAGAACGGCUGCUACCUGAGGCGCCAGAAACGCUUCAAGAUCGAGGACAAGGCAUCCAAAAAGGGAGGCAAGACCCAGGAGGGGGGCUCAGGGAAAGGAGGCCAUGGUGGAGACCACCUGGGGGAGGAUCACAGCCCCACAGGUGGGUCAGAGGGCGCAGACUCCGCCCACUCUGAUAACUCCCACCCAAGCUCUUCAGAUGACCAGCCUCAUCAGAGGAACACCUUGGUUUCUCUAGACUGCUCUCAGCUGUCCUCUUCACACCUCCACAGCCCGGCUGCCUCCCUGCCGCCUUCCUCCUCCACCUCCUCCUCCAUCCCCCCAUCCUCCCUAUCCCUCUCCGGCACCUCCCCCUCCACCAACUCUCUCCUCCACUCCCAAUCCUUAGCCAGCAGCUCUCACCUCCUGCCCAACGCCAUGCAGCAGCACAUGGACCUACAGAACGACCCCCUCAAAUCACUGGACCCCCACUACAACUUCAACCACCCCUUCUCCAUCACCAACCUCAUGUCCAACGAGCAGAAGAUGGACCUGAAGUCCUACCAGGAUCAGGUGAUGGCGUACAACGGCUACGCCAGCGGCUCGCCUGUGGGAGUGAAGCAGAUCUAUGACAGCCCCAGCCCGGCUGCCAUGGACUCUGGAGCUUACUACCAAACACUGUACAGCCGCUCGGUGCUCAACGCCUCCUAAUAUGGACACACACACCUUUCUGUAGAGGUGAGCCAAGAUGGAGGCUUGUGUUUCUAAAAUGGACACCGAAGCUGUGGUUCUCUUCCUCUUUCCUUCACUCUCAUUUGGCUCACAUUCAGCCGUCUUCACAGGUAACGGCUGCUGCGUCCGAGGGACCACACAACUGUUUGCUUUUUGUCAAAGAAGGAGACUGUGUAGUUACAGGAGCUGGACAAUGGGACAUUCGAAAAGAUGAAGAUAAUGUAUCUGUUUGUAAGUCAGAUUCCGUCCUUGCAGGGCGAAAAUUAAACCUGUAUACAAUGUAAAUAGAGGAAAUGUGCAUGGGAGGGGGAGGGGGGGGUCAGGAGGUUUGCAUUUAUUUAUGAAGGGAAUAAAUUUUAAUAUAUCUUAUGAAGUCGGGCCGGUUACAACCCAAGUUAAAUUUUUCGUUUUUGCAGAGAAAACGAGUUUAGGUUACUGCUUCGGACAAUGCGAGACAGUUCAGUUUUGUGUUACAGCAUUUUUUUGGUCAUUAAAAAAUAAAAAU